CAUCUCUCCUCUCCCCCCCCCCCCACACCGCUUUCUCUCCCCUCCCAUCGGCCCACCCUCACCGGGGCCCCAAUGCAAUCCGAUGCGUCCCCGGUAAGGUUCCGCUGCUGCGCUACAUUGUGCCCUCUCUUGUUUCGGGAGCCUCCACCCACCGGCCCACCCUACAUUUAGCACAUCAUGUGAUCCGGGACAUUAACACAUUGGAAGCAGGAUGCUAAUGCUUGAUGGGAUGCCUGCAGUCAGAGUCAAAACAGAGCUGCUGGAAUCGGAACAAGGCUCUCCAAACUCUCACAGUUACCCAGAUAUGGAAGCUGUACCCCUUUUGCUGAACAGCAUGAAGGCAGAUCCGGAAGAAGACUCCUUGUCCACAGACCAUUUCCAAACGCAAACUGAGCCAGUGGACUUGUCGAUAAACAAGGCCCGGUCGUCCCCCAUCGCUGCUUCGUCCUCGCCUGUGUCCAUCACCGCCUCGGCAUCGUCUCCUUCUUCCACUUCAACAUCCUCUAGUCGGCCAGCCUCGUCACCCACAGUAAUAACGUCCGUCUCUUCAGCGUCUUCUGCACCGUCAGUAUUAACGCCAGGCCCGCUCGUGGCAUCUGCAUCAGGUGUUGGAGGGCAGCAGUUUUUGCACAUAAUCCACCCAGUACCCCCGUCCAGCCCCAUGAACCUACAGACCAACAAAAUGAGUCACGUACAUCGCAUCCCAGUCGUGGUGCAGUCGGUACCCGUGGUCUACACAGCGGUGAGAUCACCAGGGAAUGUGAACAACACUAUCGUAGUACCGCUACUGGAGGACGGGAGAAGUCAUGUCAAAGCACAAAUGGACCCACGUGGCCUAUCUCCCAGACAAAUUAAAAGUGACAGUGAUGACGACGACCUGCCAAAUGUGACCUUGGAUAGUGUUAAUGAAACUGGAUCCACAGCUCUCUCUAUAGCCAGAGCUGUUCAAGAAGAGAGCAUGUGGGGCUGUGCCAGGUCAGCUGUUAACACUUUUCGUUUUUUCAACUCCAGUUCAAUUUCGCCGUUUAGUAUUGAGAGCACAAGGCGCCAGAGAAGGUCCGAAUCGCCUGACUCUAGAAAGCGCCGCAUCCACAGAUGUGAUUUUGAAGGGUGCAACAAGGUGUACACGAAAAGCUCCCACCUGAAGGCUCACCGAAGGACGCACACAGGAGAGAAACCAUACAAGUGCACCUGGGAGGGCUGCACCUGGAAGUUUGCCCGUUCAGACGAACUGACGAGGCACUACCGCAAACACACGGGAGUCAAGCCCUUCAAGUGCGCAGACUGUGAUAGAAGCUUUUCUCGUUCGGAUCACUUGGCGUUGCACCGCCGAAGGCACAUGCUUGUCUGAAAAAGGCUACAUUCUCCCCUCUCCCCACCAAAAAAAAAAGGAAGUACCAAGAGCUGGGUCUCUUUUAACUACAGCGAAUUCAGCAGGGCUGAAUCCCGUUUUGAUGGCGUUAGCACAAAAGGGGGCGUUCCACGUUGUCCCAUAUACACAAAGAAGCAGGAAGUGUAGUGCCACUGUUCUGUCUCCCAUCUGAAGUCGGCUUUCCAGCAUGGGCAAAGUUAUCACCUUCAGCUGGGAGAUGAUAGCCUGAAUGCGACAAGAGUGGGCAUUAUUUUCUAACCCAUGUCCUUUUAAAAGUAUUUAUGGCUUGUACCUUUUCUCACACCUUUUUUUUUUUUCCUGCUGAAGAAUUACUGCUAUCACAAAAACCGGAUAUCAUAAACAUUUGGAAAGAACAAGCUUCCUGGAGCUCCUCUUCACCUGUUUCUCUUUCUGCCGCCGCCGCCUUUUUUUAAAGAUUAUUAUCGAAACACGGCAGAAUAUCACCACGCCUGAUUGUUGAGCGAUCAACAAUCUACAAAGCCAGCUCUAGCGAGUGGAAAGAGGAGGGAUACAAACGAAUCUCCUUGAAGCGAAAGGAUUCCUCAGUACACUUAUGCAAUAAAGAUGGCGGUAUUUUACAUAUUUACCCCUCUGUCAUCAUGCCAGACUCUAGAAGCCACUAUUUUUUUUUAAUCCUUAUUUAAAGUAAAUCUCUGUUUUUGUUAGAAUCUAUAAAACAGGCACCAGUAACAUUUCAGUGUGAAAUAACCCUCUCUACAUCUGUUUGCUUAAUUUAUAACAGGAAGAGACCAUUAAAAUGUAACAUCCUGGCUGCACAGUAGAAAAAAAAGUUUGACCCACCAUCCCUAAACCAACACAUUUACCCCCUGCAUAUUUACUUGAAAGUGAGUAAUGUUCAAACAUACAUGUACGUUGCUUUGUCUCUCAUUUCUUCCCUAAUCAGCAGGUGUUGACACCUUAACUGAAUGUGUGAACUGAUUCCAUUGCACAACAUUGCGGGAUGGGAUGGGAUAAAACCUUAAGAUCUGUACUGCUUGAUCUGCAAUGCUCAUUCACACAUGCAGGUCCAUCGAGUCGAUUCCACAGCCACCAUGCUGAAUGCACACAUGUGAAGCGGCCCUCCGACUUGCUUGAGGAAUUUACUUUCAGUGUAAAUGUGCUUAGAGCUCCAGCCUCUAAGAAUAGCUGUUUCUGAAAGGGAAUUGAAUGCGUCAACAUCAAUGGCAGGAGUAGUCAGGAAGAAGCUACUUUAAGUGAGGUCUCCAAACACUUGCUGUUUCCUAAACAUAGAACCUCAGUCCAGAAAAUGUCGCUGUGAACAAGUCUUAUUAAAAGCAACAGCUAGUCGGGGUAAGUCGUCUGUUGGUUUCGGCAAAACUUAGUCAUGACUAAGUUGUGCUGGGUUGAGGCAGAGUGGGCAGGCAUUCCAAAAAUGUCUGGAGAAUGACUAUCUGGAGCCAAAUGUCUGCUCCAUGUAGGUCAAGAAGCAGUUUUGACAGGUGGGAUUCACUGAUUCUAGUAACAUUUUCUUCUGGAAGAAAGUAGCUCUCGUGGGCAGAUUUUGCCUGAAAGUCCCUGAGAAACAAUAGGCCAGCCAUCUCACUCUCUUGCUCUGAUCGUGUUGCUCAAAUGAUGGUAAAAACUUCCCCUAGCUCCUGUUUAUAAUAGAUGAGACAGGCUGCAAAAACAAAACAAAAAAGGCAGAAAGAAAAUGAAGCAUUGAGCAGGCCACAAAGCCUGACUUCUCACAGACUGGCUUAAAAUAUUCUUAAAGAUGAUAAUUAUGGUUAUUAUUAAUUUCAUUUCUAUACUGCUUUAAAAAUUUUAAGAAAGAAAAAAAUCAAAGCAGUUUACAACCUACAUUAAAAGGUCAGCGAAAACAAUCCGGAAUAAAACGUUACUGGAGAAAGUUAAGUACACAUUCAAGGCAACAUGAAUGGGAAGCUAAAGUCUAGUCCUAAAGAUUUCAAAAUAAAACAUUGCUAGAUGAAGUCAAAUGUAAGACGCGCAUUCAAAACAGAGAAUAAAAUAUGGUAAGUAUAGAACAUACCAGAUGAUGUUAUUGAUAACAUACCAAGAAGUGUGGGGAGCCUACAGUUGCCCCUGUCACAGCAGCAAUACAUGCAUUUAGUGCCUGCCUCCCGAUUUUUAGCCGAAAGGACCAUCGGAAGUGGGCUUAGUAGGAGACAAAUGGGACCACACUGUAUGUCUCCUUUUUCGAAAGGGCCGGUCUUAAUUCCCUCACUGGCACACAGCUUAUCAGUCUUUGGCUGGAGAAGUUUGGUAGUUCGGGGAUAGGAACAUGUGACUAGAAGGUGGAUAAGCAUAAUUGUAAAUCAUAAUAAGCAAGCUUCUACGAAUUGGCUUUCUAGGUAGCAGCCUAUAUGAAGAAUUCAAAUCUGUCCAUUAAAACAAAGGGAGAUUCAGGGAGUUCCCUGGAGAGAACUAUGCUUGCUCACUUAUUUAUAAUGGCUUUCUUAAGAAUUAGCCAUACCACAGCUCUGGGUCACCCCAGAUGUCUAAAAUACUCAGCUGGCAAUGGGAUGUGUCAUAUAUCCUAACAUCUGUGAGUUGUUUCUUGAGGAUGAAAUUAUCGCCAAAAGGAGAGAAUCGAAGGACACAAUCCACCAGCCCUGCCCCUCACCCAAGCCCACAGAAAUUGCACACAUUUUAUACAAGUGUGUGCAAGUUAUACCAAGCAGAGUACAUAGAGAGUGCAAAUUCCGUAAGUCUAUCUUCAGGAGCCAGGCAAACCGAGACACUUCCAAGUUCCAUGGGCUUCCAUGAGAAUUGAGCAUGUACUUAACACCCCUAUUCACAUUAAGUAGGAUUAUACUUGUUUAACUGUGUUUGGAUCAUUCCCAAGAAGUCGCUCUUAGUGCAGGAUAAAUCAGCCAACCCUUCACUAUAUCACCCAGAGAACAAAAUUCAGCAUGACACAAUGUUCAGAGAAUGGGGGGAAUUCCUAGGUGAGCUUCCCCAACCCCCUGUCAUUUCAAAAAGCAGUUUUGACUUUGUUAGUGUGACCUGAAUAUGACAAGAGAUGGGCGACUUUUUGUAUUUUAGCUUUUCCUAACUGAUGCCUAAAUAAAGAUCGAGAGGUUCUCAUUGUGCAAUGGUAGUCCAAUACAUACUGGGGCUUCCCAUUCCCUUCUAUGAGAAGGGAGACCAUUGAUGUGAAAAUGCUUCCCUCUGCGCUUGUGGAGCUCUGGGUGGACACAAAACAAAUUUCUAAACAUUUGGCAUAACAUUUAGCUAGGAAUCUGCAUAAGUUAGCCUCAUUGUGUCACACUGUGAAGGAGCUCCUGUUUAUUCACGGCUUAUAAAUGGGAAGAGAUUUUUUAAAAAUGAAAUUGGUCUGUUUGGGGCCACGUUAAUCAGUAGGCAAGAGAACUGGCUUCCCCAAAGGAAGUGUGGAGAGGCUUUUGUUCUUAGCACUAGGGUUAAAAGUAGCUUGCCAUCAAAGAAAAGGGUCCGUUAGGAUUGAAGAAGUUAACAUAGAUGCAUCUCUUCUCUGUUUAUUUGUUUGUUAGAACAGAAAGGGGUUCUCUCUCUUUUCCAAAUAUGCUGCAGUAAUGCAUUCUCCUUAAAAUUGUGCCAUGUAAAUGAUACAUGCAGAAGAGCUCCCCUGUUACGAUGGUAAUGGUAUUGUGCCCUGGCUUAUGCAGCCAUAGCCCACUCAAACUCAUGCAGAAAUCCGUAGAAUCCCUAUCAAGGUGGUUGGAAUCUGACAAUAUUUUCACUAAACAGCACCCAGGUUGAGUUUCCUUUCCAUGAAUCCAAUGCAGCCAAGUCUCGUUCUUCUGAUAGAAGAAUUAAAGCAACACUGAACCAAUAGAAACCAAACGGAAACAGAAAAGAUUGCUUAAAUGUUGACUGAUCGAUGCACUCACAGAGCCAAGGGUCUAAUGCACAUAGAAGGCGGCGCAAUGUGAUGUGGGUUCUUCUGUGCAGCACAUUGUUUCACUCUUAGUCCCGAUUCAUGUACUCGUUUCCUCCUGAUAUUCAUGGUGGAAGGGGGGAUGUAUGUGCCCACAUUUGUGUGUACUGGGCACUACGCCCAGUGAGUGUGUGAACUGGCCUUUCGCUAACACGACCUACAUCAUUUUCUGGCCAGCCUCACACCUGAUGCUGCUCUUUGGUUGUAAACUGCAAGCAUCCCACCUAAACCAGCCCAGCAUAUAAUGAACACAGUACGAUGCAAAUGUGGUGAUCCUGAGCAUAUCACCAUCUCCUCCAACUCAUUUGUUUGGAAAGAUGAAGCAAGCGAUCCCUUUUGAGAGCAGCCUUUUGCAAUAUGAGUUCACACACGGAAUUCAGAUGCAGUUGCUCCUUGUGUCCUCCUCUGUUGAUUUUAUUCCCUUGGAUGAAAUCAUCUUAUUUAGAUUAAGGUUGAGUGACUGGUGUUGCUAGAUUGAUAUUCCCAUUUUGGGAGCUUUCCUUGAUGAGAUUUAUCCAUUCAGGAGAAGUUCUUGUAUGUCACGCCUUCCCAAAGCCGUAUUGAAGCAAAUAUAUCUUUGCAAAUACCGGUAUAUCUUUGCAAAUAUAUCUUUGUACGAGGGUGUCUUUGAUAAUCGAUAAAUUCUUGCACGAUAAAUAAAACUCAUGAGCCCUUUCAGGUUUUUUUUUUGGGGGGGGUAAUGGAAAUAAAUACAUCAAAAUAAAUAGUGUAUAAUUAUAUUUAAAACAUUGAUUUGUUCGCUCUUUUCACAUAGAAAAUGAUGUUCGCUAAGCAUAAGCAACCGUCAGUGCCCUUCUGCCCCCAUGAACUUCCCUACAUGUCCCCACACAAGUGCAUAUGGCUAAUUGUGCGCAUGUGUGUGAUCUGAACUAAGAUCUAGUAUUGCUUUCAAGAAUUUUAAAAAAAGAGACAGAGUUGGAAAUAGCUUUUCUUUAGGCUAAAAUAAUUUUACCUUAUUAGGAAACCAGCUUGUAUUACUGUAUUAUGCCUUUGCCUGUGUUUUAUAGAUGAAGAUGUAUAAAGUUAAAACUGCUAUAUUUUCACAGUUUCAUUUUAAAAAAAAUAUCCGUAACCGUGCAAUGUGUACUCAACCAAUCAUGCCCAUUGGUACUUUUAAAUAUGCUGACAUUAAACCGAUUGCAGUACCAACACCGUUUUUUAGUAUGGACCUCAAUUAUAUGGAUACUGCUUCUUUACAACAAAGAAAGAAAGAAAAUAGAAUUGAAGGUAUUUUACUGUACUUGUAACAGUUUCAAUAUUCUGUAAUAUAUUAUGUGAUAGUGAAGAAGUAUUUUCAAGCUCACAGUUUUUCACAGGAUGUAAAUAAUUGAAAUGAAGGAUGGUUUUUGAAACAAGCUUUUAGUUGUCAUCACCCAAAAAAAAAAAAAAUGUGCUCAGAAAAUGCAUUGUAAAGCUUUCAUAAUGCAAUUAACAAUUUUAAGAGGUGGGAAAGAAUGUUCCAGUUUGUCAAAGCAUGUUCCUGUUGUAUCAUGUACACUUGGCUUUGUAUUACCUGAGGUUGUGUCACUAGACAGUGGAGUCACUUUGAAUUUCUGCAAGCUAGAGUGGGGGGAAGCAAAACGAAAUUAUCAAUGGCCAGAAUCCAAAUAACCAAGUUCCAUUUGCCCAAUGUGUUCCGUUUUGGGUUCCUCAACCAGCAGCGCCGCCAUGCUGCAUGCUGAACCACGUUUGAAACUGGCACGUGUCUCACUAACAAUCCAUAAUAUGGCAUGGGAAUAUGGGUGGGGGUGGUCUACAGUUCAAAGAAAAUAACUAAAAAUAAGGUUGUUUUUUAAAAAAAUACUGUACAAGCCCUUUAAUAUACUUAAUGUCGUUCUCUGCAACUUGGCCUUCAUCUGCAGAUUUUCUGAUUAUUCUUCCCAAUAGUAACCUUUUAAGCUUUUAGCAGGGAAAAUGAAUAAUCUAGGCUUUCAGACAGAGGGCACUUCACAUCUUACUACUUUCAGUUAAGUAGAGUAAUAACAGCAGUCUGUUUACAGGGUGGCCAAAUAUGGAUGUCUUCACUCUGGUGACGCCUGUUCGGAAGCCAAUGCACAUGAUGGCUUUCUCGUGCCCAUAACCUGGCCAGAAAGAGAGAAAGAUACUCUCCCUGCAAUUAAUUAAUACACUAUAUGGAGGAGCCUAUUUUUCUAGCCUGGAAAGCAGAAGUAGUAAUGUGUGAUGUGGCCUCUAGGGCCAAUUAACGUGAGACUUGGAUUUGUUGCGAGAUAACGGCCCAUAUUUUGUGAUCAGCUCACUGCUGGUGGCGGGGUGAAGAUCUCGCAUACAAGAAGGCAUUAUUUUUAUUGUUUAAUAUGGUGGACUUUUCAUUAAUUGUUAUUCUUCUGGUUUUCCUCCUGUAAACUCUUCAGAAGAAUGCCUCUGCCCCGCGAAAAGAGGCAGUCAUUCUUAACUGAUUCCAGCAGAAUUUAACCUUUCAGAUAUAUUUGUAGAUCUAAAAAGAUUCUGAGUUGGUUUGCACACUUAAGCAAGCAUCCUAGGGCAUCCCCGGGUCUCAUUAUUCAUCCUUCAUAAAAAAAGAAGAAGGGCAUAAAUCAAUUUGCAGACAAUCCCAAGCACGAGGCAUUUGGGUGCUGGGGGGAAGCUGUGAACCCAGCAUUGCCUGCCACAGAAAAUCCUCAACAGGUCAAUGUCCAAAGUAAGAAUAUUAUAAUGAUCAGAUACCUUUUUGUAAGAAUCUCUACAAAUAAAUCUCCAGAGGUGAAACAAUUUGAAAAGUGCCUGUCUGUGAACAUUAGGGAAGAUGGGGGUGUUCCCUAUUCUUUUUACAUAGCAAUAAACUGUAAUUGAAUUGUUAUACAAUUCUGGUUUCAAUGGGGGGGGGCGGGCAGGGAGGUUACACUGGGUUCAUGCGAAUGCAACACAGCGAAUCACAAAGUGCCAUUUGUCUACUCUCUUCAGUUUUCAAUUUACCUAUUCUGUCCAAUGUUGAUGGGAUUUCCCAUUGCCCAGGAGGGGGAAAUAAAUUUACAAGUGACUUAGAAAAAGUUCCAUGGUAGCAUCAAGUCAAUCUGUUGUAGAUGUAUAGCAUUUCUAUUCUUUCCCAAAUCCUGCCACCAAUAGUUUUUGGAGUGUUGCCUACUAAUUCCAACCAUGGACGUCACUGCUAAAAUGAAGUCGGUAUUUUUUUUCUAUUUCAUGCCCAGCCACAUAUUUUACACCACAUUGGCAGCUGAUGUGCAGUCCGAUUUUCCUUACUACCAAGUAAGCUGAUGCAGGAUGAUCAAGCUGCACAGGCUCUUUUGAUUAAAAGUCGUGGGACUUAAUGCCUCCCUUUUAACUCGCUGAACAAUACCCUUUUUCUAACAUUUCAGAAAUAACCCUAGAACGGCAAUAAAUGUCACAGCGAGUGGGUCGGCAGGGCUUUUCAAUUUUUAAAGAACUGGGUUUCGUCUUAGAACUAGCAAGAAGGUAAUAGAAUGCUCACUUGACAACUUUGAGAGGUACUGAAAUAAUUUUCAACAAUCCCUGAUUUAUACUUUAGUCUUACAACACACGAUCAACGCAGGCUUUAAAAACACCCAUGUUUUAAAUAUAUUCGACUCAUUGUUUAAUUUAUAUUUGCCAUGCAAAGCGUUUAAUGAUCACCCCUUAAUUAAUUUCAGCCUCUGAUUUGUUUGCACGAACGAGGGUUAAUCAGAGAGGGGGAGUAAAUGAACACAAGCAAAGAGACUGAAUCACUUGUAGCCCUCAGUUUUCUUCACUUUUCUCUCAGUAUAAAAUAGCAUUUCCCCUUUCCUGGAGGAAUCAGCAGUGGAGGCAAUUCAGAAAUAUAAGUACGUAUACGUACUUGGAGGAAUAUUGCACGGGAAGUUUCCUUGCCCAGUCAUUAUUGAACGAGAAGACAAAGCAGAUUGUGACCAGGAGGGGGGAAAAGCUUGUGAAAGGGACACCCUACUUGUCCAUAAAUCUAAGUUAACAAUCCUUGACCUUCCACUGGCUUGGAAACGAGACCACAAGCCGUGUAACGGGCCCAUCAGUCUGAACACAGCCUACCAGAUCCCAUUCGAUGCUUCCUUUUUGCUGUCUGAAUGAGACCUCAAAAACAGGGCAGGGAAGUUAAGCACAGAGGUCAUGACGUAGAUAGCGGGUCACAAGUUGCGCAGGCAUUUGACAUUAUCCCUGCAUGGUAUAACUGAAUUAUUAUUUUGCUGCUCCUCUCUUUAAAAUAGGGUACUAUCCAAAACAUCCCUUUAAGGCUUCUCUGCUGCUUGCUACCAUGAGGAGGGGAGGCAAAUGGUAUAACCAAUGACAGGCCAAAAGCACGUGCGGGGAACCUUUGGCCGGCCAUAUGUUGCUGUCCCAUCAGCCGCAACAAGCAUGACCGAUGGCCAGGGACAAGGGGAUUCGCCAUUCAUUGUUUCCCCACAUAUGCUUUAGAUGCAUUAUCUGGUCUAAAGAAUCAUUCAAAUGCUGCUCAAUUUGUGUUUGCUGGUUCCUGUUGAAAGGGGAGGUCAACUGGUGCUUUGAGGAUGAGGGGAAGAGGACAGGUUAUUAACGAAUGGCGGAUCCUCAUGAAGCAAUAUCCUAGCGUUCAUGCCCUCUCUGCAAACUAGAAGGGUAGCUUCAACCCAGGGUGUAGCAGUAGAGCAGUAUUCAGUCCUCUUUCCUGUUCGAAUACGGCAGCCAUUAGCCAGUGAGCCGAGUAUCCAUACACCCCAAAAGUAUUAAGUACACCAGUGCUAGUGAGCAAAACCGUAGUUCCUUAAUUUUUUCUUCAUUACGUUUCAAAUGGUUUUAAGUGCAAACAUGUUUCUUUUUCUUUUUUUUCUUUUUAUUUAAAGGCAUUUACUUUCCCAGUAGUUUUCUUCCUGUGCGUUUAAUAUGCUACAUAGCGGUUAAGCAACGCCUAUGUUAUCAGUUGGUUAAUGAUUAUGUAUGUGUUGUUCUUGUAUUUAUGUAUAGUGUAUGUAUUGUAAAUAUACUCAGAGCUUUUCCUCUUCUUUACUGUAAAAGGGUGGUUUCUUUUUCUUGUUCCGUUCGCCCGAUGAUCAUUGUGAAGGGAGUUCCCCCUAAAGAAACCCCAUCAGAGGACAAUUACUUCAUGAACAAGUGUUAACGUUUUUAAUGUUGUCUCAGACAUAUUUCUGUUGGUGCAUUGCUUUUAUGUAUUCAACUUUCCUAUGAAUUGAGCUGUGAAUUGAAAUAGAGUUUAAACCUUUAAAUGUAUGCAUUGGUAUAAAUAUCUGAGUGGAGGCAUGAAGGAUAAAUAAAGCAUUUUGUAUGGAACAA